AUGGGCCCUUGGGUGUCAUGGGGCAGCCUGGGGCAUGCAGAUGGUUCCUUUCUUGGUACAUGGCAGCCUCUGCGAGCCCGUGGUGCUUGGUGCGAGGCGCAGCUGAUGCUGCAGCAGCUGCGUUGGAAGGGUCAUGUACCAGGCAUCUUGAGCUACAACAAGGUUUUGGCUGUAGGCGGCGACUGGCCAAUGGCAUUGGCAAUGUUCGAGAUGGUGCUCCGCGAGGCGACUCCGGAAGUCUCCAGCUACAAUGUGAUUAUGUCUCGUCUUCGCUCUGCAUGGGAACGAGGCUUGUCAGUACUUGGCUGCCUGUGUUGGAGCGCCUCGCCGAACCUGCGAAGCCUCAACAGUGCCCUAGCGUUGCUCAAGUGGAGGAGCGCCCUAAGCCUUUUUGCGACCAGAAACCUGGAGCCCGAUGCGAUCAGCAUUGGCUCGGUCCAGCUGUCUCUCAGGGAGGCCGGUUGGCACUUGGGUCUCGCCCACUUCGACACCGCCCGUGGUGUCUUUGGUGGCGUCCGGAACCGCAACGUGGCAGCGAUGUCUGCAAUGGAGUCAUCCGGCUGGUGGGUGGCGUUGCAUUUGGUGUCCAGAUCGUCCAGAUCGUCACCUGUUGAGCUGUUCGGGCUGAACCUGGCGCUGAGGGCCACCAGUGGAGCUUCGGAAUGGUCAAUGGUCCUGGAUGCCUUGGAAAAGGGCUUUGCUGCCACGUUGGAACCGGAUGUGAUCUCUCUCGGCACCAAGAUCAAUGCGUUGGAUCGGGCUUGUGAAUGGCGCUUUGCCCUUGGGGCCCUCGACUCAGCGGAGAGGGCGAACACCACAUGUUACAACAGUGCGAGCAGUUCGUGUGCCAAAGCUCGGGAGUGGCAGAUCUCCAGCGAGCUGCUUUGCAGUGUGUCCGGUGUGUCGUUGCAGCCGGACGUCAUAACCUUCAAUAGCGCUGCAGCUGCAGUGGAGGGCCACUGGACAGCUGCUUCCAAGCUCUUGAGACGAAUGCAUGAAGUUCCCAGACGCAGAACGCAAGGAUGGAGUUUGAAGGGGGAGGAAUUCUUGGAAUAA